GGAGAGGGCGUCGCUCACAAUAGGCCACUUGCUGCAAUUCCUUGUUGAGUGUGCAGUGGGAGACACCUUGUAGUAGCCGGCGCAGUCGCUGCCGCGGCGCUGACAAAUUCCUGGGCUGGACUACUCCUCAGCUGAUAAUAAUCCUAUGGUAUUCUGUACAAGAUGGCGGUGGCGAGCACGGAAAAAGACGGAAUAAAGCAUACCGAAGAUGGGCAUUUGAACAAUUCGUGCAGUAACCCUGGUCUGAUAUCCCCCGACAAAGAGGACGUUUCACGGCUGCUGACUGUCCCUUUCAGCGGCCGAAUCAGAGGCGGGAUGCGGCCGGGGAAGAAGAUCAUCGUGAUGGGGAUUGUGGACAUUGAGCCUGAAAGUUUUGACAUCAGCCUGACGUGCGGACGCGGCGCGGAGGAGGAGCCGCCGGCAGACGUGGCCCUGGAGCUCUGCGCCCGAUUCGCAGACCGGCAGUUCCUGCGCAGGGCGCGCGUCUCGGGGAGGUGGGGCGAGGAAGAGGCGUCCAUCCCCUACUUCCCCUUCAUCCAGGACCAGCCUUUUAGGAUUGAGAUCCACUGCGAGCACCAGCGGUUCCGAGUGUUUGUGGACGGGCACCAGCUCUUUGACUUCUACCACCGGGUGGCCUCCCUGCCGGCCAUUGACACCGUCCGGAUACGCGGGAGCCUGCAGAUCACCAAGCUGGGUUAGCGCAGCGCGGCGUGGCAUCCGCGGGAGAGACUCCACCCGGGAGAGACUCCACCCGGGAGAGACUCCACCCGGGCGAGAAACACGGAGACAUCUCCCCUCACAUCGCCCAGCGCCGCGGAGGAACAGGCCAGCCCCCGCGCCGACGGUGAGGCUGUCUGCCGCCAUGUAAACCCCUUCACAUCAACCGUCGGACUUUUGCGUAAAUAUUUCAAACCCGUACUGCCGUCUUUGUAGCACGCGGAAGAAUGGUUGCUAUGUGUAAUUGUGUGUCUCAGAUGUAAGGUGAACUUUUAGGUGUAGAUUUGGCAGGGAUUCCACAGUGUAACAUGUGCAAAAAGCCUGUAAAACACCAACCAGUGUAUACCCAGAGUGUUGCUGUGUGCUUGCUGUCUCCUGGAUACACUGCAAAAUUACUGAAACUGCUUCGUAGUAGAAACAAAACAAUAGGCUCUCAGGAAUAGAAUAUCUACUGAUGUAUUUAUUUGUCUGAAAUGUACAUAAUAAUCAAGUCGAUAAUUGCUAAUGUUAACUGGGGAUUGGAUGUGUUACUAUGACAAUAUGGUUAAAACAUUUUCUGAAAAAGGGUGUGUAAAAUCUGGGGCACCCCCCACCCCCACUCAAAAUUAAAUCAGCUGCAUUUUAAAGUUAAUGAUUCUGAGGGAAAGAAAGAUAAAGCCCACAUCAUUUUUGUGUUGUGAAGGCUGUUCAGUGCAUAGCAGUGUACUGGCAGGGGCAAAUGUGGAAUUCUACAGUUUAGUUAAUAAUUCUGGUUCUACCCAGUCAUUCAUUUUUGUAAAUAUGUUCUUGCACUAACACAGAGCUACACUGUAGUAAUGUAGUCGAGACAGAACUGUGUUUGGUGUUAGUGGUCCAGGUGAACUGUUGAUUCGUUAAUUGGCACCAAGAGCUGUUUUUUGAAAAAGUUCUCAGUAUUUCACCUUAUGAUAGUGUCUUCAUGGGACAGUGUGUGUGAGUGAUUGACUCUGUGUGUGUGUGUGUGUGUGUGUGU